AAGUAUAAAAUUGUGUUCAGUCGCACUUAUUAAGUGUAUUCUGAUUAUACAGCAUUACCAAGUUUCUUAAGUUUCUGGUAGUUCCUUCGUUCAUUGUAAUAUGUAAAUAUUUAGAUUAGGAGAGGACUUGGAACUGUGAGGGAUGUAUUGGGGAAAUAAAAAACUCAUUGAGACCAGUAUAACUUAAAGUUUGAUGAGUACAUCAUUUGAAUAAUAAAUAAUUACGUCAAUCAAUUGUAUUUUCUAUAGUUUUAGGGAAUAUGGAAUUCCUGACUAAAAUAAUAUUAAGAAUAUUUGUCUAGUUUCGGAAUGAAUACGAAUUUUGAUAUUAACUGUUAAUACUUAUCUUAUACCUACUGAAAUUCAAUACUCAUUUCUUGAGGAAUUUCUGAAAUUUAGAUUGCAUACCUCAAAAUGUCUAAUGAAAUCAGAAGUGGUAUUUUCGAGCAUAUGAAAGAAGUUUUGAAAAACUAUGAAGCUUUAAGAGGUAUUCCAGUAAAUAAGGAUGAAAAGGUGUUUUGGGAUGCUGUCAUAAUUUCAGCUUGUGACAGUGAACAAGAAAAUGGCUACAAUCUUCAAAUUAUUGAAAAGCGGGAAAGAGGAGAAGUUCCCUUAAUGGUUCCUUUUCACGUCUUCUUUGAUCCUCCCGGAUAUAAAAUUGGCUGUGGAGGCUCAACAAUGUAUAUAUUGAGCAAAAUUUCAAAAAUCUAUGGAAAGGAAAUGUCUAGCAUGCGAUUCCUAGUCAUACCAGCUGGAGGAUAUAGUCAACGUCUACCAAAUCUGACUGUAUUAGGAAAGCUUUUCAGUCCUCUUCCAUUUGGAAAUCAGCGCUAUCAAAUGUUGGAUCUGAUCUUAGCAACAUAUUUACCAUUUCUGAAGCGCAUGCCACCUGGUGUUUUUUUAGCAAGCUCUGAUGCCAUAAUCAGCUACAACAUCCAUGAUGAUGAUGAAUGGACAUUCGAAAAUGGCGGAUUUACCGCUCUCGCUCACCCUUCACCAAUUUUAAUUGGAACUUCUCAUGGUGUUUAUGCGAUACCUGAAAAUCAAGAUUUCAGUAAAGGUUCUACCAUUAUGAGCAAUUGCUUACGUGUUCUGCAGAAGCCUACAAUUGAAGAAAUGCGAGAAAAGGGUGCUGUUGUUAAAAAUAUUUCUAUACCAGGGUUAGACAAUGAAGAAAUAAUCUUUAGUGAUAGUGCAUUCUUUUUUGAUCAUUCUGUUUCUAAAAUAUUAUUGGAUAUUUAUAAAAAACACAAGCCAAUAAAAUGUGAGCUUAGUUCUUAUGGAGAUUUCUUACAGCCACUUGGAUUAGCAGCUAGUCCAUCUUACAUAAUGGACAAAGGACCAAGUGGGGAGCUAACUUCUCUGCAAACUGUAUUGUAUAUGAAUCUCUUUGGUACCAACCUUUCAAUAUUUGUUUUAAAACAUUCUAAUUUUCACCAUUUAGGAACAAUGAAGGAAUAUCUUCAAACUUUGUGCGAUGAAACUAGAUUUUCAGAAGCCUUUUCACUUUCAAAAUUUUCUCUUUGUGCUCCAUCAAUAGAAAACAUCAAACCAAUUUAUAUACAUGGGACUAUAAUUAAUUCAAUGAUUCAUCCAUUAUCUGUUAUUCCGAAGUCCACACUUUUGGAAUAUUGUGAUAUUCAGAUAUCAAUAGAGGCAGGGCAGAACUCUAUUAUCAGUAAUAUUCAUCUGCCUGGAUAUUCCAUUCAGAAGUUACCUUUACCUAUACCUGAUAAUACUUUAAUACAUACAAUUCCUCUUAAGAAAGGUUUUGUUACUGUUGCUUUUCAUAUUCAUGAAGAUAUUAAAAAGACAUACCAAAAAACGAAUUGUUGCAAAAUGAGAUAUUUUGGAAAAGAGCUUAGGAGGUUUGUGAAGUAUGACAACGCAUUGUUCAGUAGUGACUGUGAUAGUGUUUCGUUAUGGGAAACUAAACUGUUUCCUGUAUGUGAAACUCCUGGUAGUUCCUUUAAAUAUACUCUUGAACUGGUAUUGAGUAUUAUAUUAACUGACCAAAUGUGUUCUGAUUUUUCUAUGACCAGACAAGGCGUAGAAUGGGUUUCUAUGAAAGAUAUUUUAGCGUGUAAAGACACUGAAAAAAUGAUAGUUUAUCAGGAAAAUCUGUGUGAAAAAACUUCAAGUAUUUUGAAAUAAAGCUAAAACGUUACUAAGUCAUAGGUGAAUUAUAUUAAUGUUAAGAGAUUAUAAAAUAUUUAUUUUUUGUAUAUGUUUUUAAUAUUGUACCUUGAAUUGUAAAUCACUAAUUUCUUAAGCUUGCAUUUAAAGAUGUGGAUAAAAUAUAUAGCACCAAUUCAUAAUCGAUUCCUGAUAGUUGCGGUGUGUGAUCAAUCAGCUAACAACAAUUUUCAAAUAAAUUAAUACUUUUUUUUAUCAAAUGAAUUUGAUUGAAGUAACACACAAAGUACUGCUCAAAGCAAACAUAAAAAAAUCCAAUUAAUUUAAAGAAUAAAAUAAAAGAAGCUACUAAUCUCAGGGGAAGAGGAAAAAGUAAUUUUUUCACGCUUAAUUUCCAAAGCUCAAACUGAUGUUAUGCUGAAAAGAUUUUUCACUGACUAGUUGGAUAAUGCACCUUUCUUUUGCUAAUAAUAAAUAAAGCUUAAUGCUAACUUCUUUGUAAAUGGGGUAUUAAGCUCAUCAAAAGAGUUGUUCAAAAGUCAAGAGUAUUUAAAGGAAAGAAAAUCUAGGUGAGAAGAAUAAAUAUAAAUAGAGCUAAAUUUUAGCGUUUGAGGAGAACCUUAGCAGACAAGCUUUGUUUCCUUUUCAAUUGUAAACGUUUUCAUUAAAAAAAAACCUCUAUGUUGUUGCUUGUUUUAUAUUAUCUUUUUUAUUAAAUCCAAUUAAUUUACUUUUAGAAUUUAAGGCUAAUUUUUUUUGUACUAUUUUUAUUUUUAUAUCUGCACUAUACUUCACAUUAAAUGGAAAAAAAUCAACUUGUGUUUAUUCAUGAUAGAAAAAGUUCAAAUUUGAAUUAUUAUCUGCUCACAUUUGUUUAUUUUUUUAAAAUUAUGUAUACUUUAUCAAGCUAAGUAUUCUUUAGUCAAUUAAAAAUCAUUCAUUCUAUAAAAAAACGUUGUAUGAAAUUGGUGUUAUUUGCUAUCCUCUAUGUUUUAUUUGUUACUUUUUUUAAUUGAAUAACGUUUGUUCUGAUGUUUGUUUGCAUUAAAGAUAUAUUAUCUGGGAAAAUCUAUUUUCCAAACUUGUAGGAAGUCCUGACAAUGUAGGACUUUCCAUACAUGCACAGAUUUGUAUAUUUUUUUUCUACGAAGAAUUGUAAUUAAAUAAUUUAUGGAGCUUA